UCCCGGGUAAUUACCGUCGUUCACAGUUUAAGUCCGUUUACAGCUGCUAAGCCUCCCCGGUAAGCGCAUUACCGGAGCAGCGCGGCGCAAACACGAGCGCUCGCGCAGUACACGAUGAGCGCGUGCAGAUCGCGAGAACCUCCCGUAGAGGUGCGAGACUCCAACCCAGAUUACAUCAGCAUGAAUAACAGAUUACAGCAGGCGUUAUCAGAGCGAUCAGCGAGAUAUGAAGUGACCCGUCACUGCAAUUCAUAAAGCCUGUCAUCGGUUACGGAGAUAGACGGCGAGCGCUGCCAAAUUGCGUCACUCUCACUUCAUGCCAAACGGCACCGUUGCUGUCACAGAUGUCAAAAAGAGAGUGGUGGUAAUACAGUACUCAAAGAGCUGAAAAUGAUGGACACACAGCGUGCUUUGCUGGCAGUGGAGCGGCUGCAGCAGAGGCUGAAGAAGAGGGGAGAACUGCCUGCUGAGGAAAAACUCAGUCUGCUCAAGAGUGUCUUACAGAGUCCCCUGUUUCACCAGAUACUCAACAUGCAAGAGACUGGACAACAGCAUGAGCUACAACAGGUUUUCCCCAGAACGCCUCCUUCUCAGUCUAUGAGUGAUGAAGCAGAUGGUGUGAGCACAUCCCACCCCGCAUGCAAUCUGAGGCACAGAGACUCCUACCUCUCGGCCCAGCGCCGCAAUGACCGAUGUCGAUUCUUCAAUCAUGUGACUUUUGCCCCUUUCAUCACAGAGGACAUUUCAGUGCUGCAGUGCAUGGCCCAGGGUCGGACUGUGCUUAGUUUUGACCUGGAGAAGGGUGAAAGUGCUUUAGGCAUCAGCAUUAUUGGUCUGGAGACUGAAAGCAGUGGAGGUCAUGGUAUCUUCAUACAGAAGAUUCAGCCGGACUCUGUAGCAUGCAGUGAUGGACGUCUACAUGAGGGUGAUCAGAUUCUAGCAGUGAAUGGCAAGCUGUUUGAAUCCUCUGUAACUCAGGAACAAGCUGUCCAGGUCCUUCAGGAACGUGCUUCUGUGGUAACCCUAAUUAUAGCCAGAGAACCAACCCCAUCAUUCAGCUCCCCACAGAUGAGCCACACUCUUCCCAAAAAUCUCUCCGGCCUUUAUCGUCAAUUUAGUCCCCGACAAAUUCAUCAUAUAGAGUUGCAGAAUGACGGAUCGGGUCUAGGCUUUGGUAUCAUUGGAGGGAGGACUACUGGCACCAUGGUUAAAACCAUCCUACCUAAUGGUGUAGCUGGAAAGGAUGGGAGAUUGCAUAGUGGCGAUCUUCUCCUCAGAAUUGGUGAUGUGGAUGUGUCCGCCAUGGGCAGUGAUGAAGUUGCACGUGAGCUCCGUCUUGCUGGUUCCCGUGUGAGACUCAUCAUUGCCAGGGAAACCACUGAUGGUGACCUCUUACCUACCAUCGCCCAGCAACAGGACACUCAAAAGAAACAGGAUUUAGUAGAGAAAAAGGAAAAAGAGUUCAGUGUCAGAUUCAGUAACAACAAAAAUGGUUUGGGCGUCAACAUCUCCAAAUCUCUGAAUAACCUGGACAAAGAGUCCAGUGGAUUUGGAGUAAAGAGCAUACUGAAAGAAAAUGCAGUGGAUCCGGAUGGACAAAUUCACAUUGGAGAUGGCAUCAUUGCUAAAGCUAGGGAGGAGAUCCUGCUCACUGGCCAUCAAGUAGAGAUCUCUAUUCGGAGAAAGGGCUCACCAUCUGGAACACAAACAACCCGUACAAUGUCCACAAUCUCUCAGAGACCCUUAACCCCUCUGGGUCUCCUUCCCCCUCCACUGCCACCAUGUCGACCAGAGCCAAAGCCAGUUCUGCCCCCAGGGAAAGUUUUCUAUACUGAACGCCGGGACCUCAACUUCAACAGAGAGUGCAUUCAGUCAACGCAAACCUGUGAUUUAGAGACCAAGUUGGAGAAUAGAAACCAGUCCUCAUUUUGCAAACUGUCUGAUGAAGAGCAGGAAAUAUUGAUGGAGAAGUGGCAAAGCAACCUGGGUCCUCAAUAUGAAGUCGUGGUGGCCCAGGUACAGAAGUUCACUGAGAGCAGCGGUCUUGGUGUGAGUUUGGAGACUAAGGAAGGUCAUCACUAUAUCUGCACCAUACUGCCAGAGGGUCCGAUUGGACAGACGGGAAUCAUACGACCUGGAGACGAACUGCUAGAGGUGAACAGGUUCUCUCUGAUUGGUGAGACACAUAAGGAAGUUGUGAGCUUGCUGAGGGAACUUCCUGUGAAUGUUUGUGUGGUUUGCAGUCGUCUCAUCCUACCCACAGUCGGAGAGGAAGAUGAUGAUGAUGAUGGUGACGAUGUACAACUCACACUCAAGGAGCUGCUAGCAGAAUUUAAUGAAAAGGCUGAGCAAAAGUCAUUUGGGGGUCUCUUUGCACGCAGAGCGGAUGAAUGGAUGACAGAGGCUCCUGUGCUAUCCCAUCAGGCCAUGUGGGAGAACGAGAUUCAAGUCUAUGAGCUGCAGAAAGGCGAUUCUGGCCUGGGAUUCAGUAUACUAGACUACCAGGACCCCAUGAACCCAGGGCGUACUGUGAUAGUGAUCCGCUCUCUUGUAGAAGGCGGCUUGGCAGAGAGAGAUGGCCGCUUGUUGCCAGGAGACCGGUUGAUGUUCGUGAACGGGACUGACUUGAGCCACGCGAGUCUGGCUCAGGCCGUUCAUGUCCUGAAGAGCACUGCUUUGGGCACCGUACGAAUCGGAGUCACCAAACCCUUACCGGAAAAUGACACUCAGGACACAGGAGCUGAUGUAACAGGCAACUUCCAUUUAGAACAUUACAACCAGCACGCCACUUUGCAGACAAAUUCCCACUCUCAGAACAGCAAGAUGGAGGCUGAUGCUAAACACGUCUCCAUCCCCUCAAGUGGCUAUGAGAGAACCAUAACUAUAGUCAGGGGAAACUCCAGUCUGGGAAUGACAGUGAGUGCCUUAAGGGAUGGUUCAGGCAUGAUAAUCCGCUCUGUGGUUCAUGGCGGGUCGAUCUGUAAAGACGGGAGACUGGCAGUGGGGGAUGGAAUUGUUGCCAUCAAUGGAGAAUCCACCACCAACCUGACCAAUGCACAAUCCAGAGCGAUGCUACGCAGACAUUCGCUGAUCGGACCUGAUCUCAGUGUGACUUAUGUGCCUGCUGCCUUCCUGGACAUGCACAGAGCCAGCUAUGCCCCAUCAAAAGAGGAAAUAGAAAUACACAGAACAGCUACUGUCCAACCCAAGCACUCACAAAAGCUGCCUUUUAAACCCCUAGAAUGCAUUUCUGAACAACAAAGUACAGUGGAUGGUAAAGGAGUGAAUGGAAAGACUCAAACUGAAGAAGAGAAUGAAGGAAUAGAUAGCCACAAUCAAAUUAAACAAAGAGAAAGCAAUGAAAGACUGGAAAGAGACAAAAAGGUGAUGAAUGAAAGAUCGGUCUUGCAGAGUGAGAACGGACAAAGACGAGGGAGAGAAAAAGACAGACGAAAAGAUGAAGAAGAGAUGCAUGGGAAAGAGCGUAGUUCAUGGAGUCAGCCUAGAAGAGUAACAUUAUUCAGGGCUGGGGGCACGUGUCUUGGCUUCAGUGUGGUGGGGGGUCGUGGUAUGGGCAGUCGACUGAGCAAUGGAGAAAUGAGACGGGGCAUCUUUGUAAAACACAUCGCAGAGGACAGUCCAGCUGCACGCAACAGCACUUUGAAAGAAGGAGACCGAAUUCUUCAGGUUCAAGGUGUGGAUGUGAGUGAUUUUACUCAUGAAGAAGCCGUGGAGGCGAUCCGUAGAGCAGGAGACAAAGUAGAACUACUAGUGCAGAGUCCUCAGUUUUCAGCUCUUGACAACUGCUCUGAAGAUGACAAUGUGUCAAAAUCAAAUUCUCCAAAUAAUCAGGAACCCGAGAUUCCGAAUAAUCUCUCCCCAACCUACCCCUUCAGUCCCAUCCCCUUUAAGCGUACAGAAGACUGGAAGUUGGGGAAGCCUCCACAUUUAGCUCCCCCCCUCUUGAAACUGCCCUCUAGGCAAGUCGACACAGAAACAGAUGGAGUGCAGAGGGUUCCAGAGAGACCACCCCUGCCAGAAGAGCCUUCACAUCAUCACAGCGAGCAGCAGCAUGCCUCUUAUUGGAGCCGCAUGCAGCAGAGGUAUGGCAGUCUGCCUGGAGAGCUGCACAUGUUUGAUCUGGACUGUGGCUCACACAGCUCUGGACUGGGAUUGUGUUUGUCAGGAAACAGAGAUGGAGCUCGUGGUAGAAUGAGUGUGCACGUGUCAGAGAUCAAACCAGACGGGGCCGCUGCGGCAGAUGGUCGGGUCAGAGUGGGAGAUGAACUACUGGAGAUAAAUGGACAAGUGCUGUAUGGACGCAGCCACCAGAAUGCAACAGCAAUCAUCAACAAUGCUCCAGCUAAAGUCAGGAUUCUGCUCACAAGGAAUAAAGCUUCACAGAAACAAAUGACUACAGGACCAGUAAAGGAGAUGGACAGCUGUCCUGUUGUAUCUCCUGCCAUGCAUAUUAAUAGCAUCAGAGAAGGUCAACAUUUAGCUUUGUCACAGGAUGGAAGGAUCAGUAGAGAAGAUAAACUGAAGUCUCGCUCCUCAGAGAGCCUCAACAUUGGUCUUCCUGCUCCAAUCAAUGCCACAUCCAAUCAUAAGCCCUCCUGUCAUCCUGCCAGUCACAUGUCCCCCAGCCACUGUACUCCUCCGUCAUCUGUCAUUUCAUCAGCUGAUGAGAGCAUUCACUGCGGCUCCACGGCCAAUCAGAGCACUUGCAUGGGGCCUCACAGCUCUUCUUACUUUACCCAAUGUUCUGUGAGCUCUGACCCCCUAACAUGUCCCAUCAUACCUGGCUGUGUAAAUACCAUUGAUAUCUGCAAGGGAACCACAGGGCUCGGCCUCAGCAUAGUAGGAGGCUGCAAUACAGUACUGGGAGCAAUAGUGAUUCAUGAAGUGAAUAAGGAUGGUGCGGCACACAGAGAUGGUCGGUUGUGGGCAGGAGAUCAUAUACUAGAGGUGAACGGCAUUGAUCUGAGAAUGGCCACUCACGAGGAGGCCUUGAGCGUCCUGCGCUUGAGUCCGCAGCGUGUGCAAUUGUGUAUCUACAGAGACCUUGUGACAGAGAACCACUCCACACACCCCCUCCAGAACCACACGCCUGAAGACAUGUGGGACCUCUUCAGUGUGGAACUGAACCUCAAAACAGGACAGGGACUGGGGCUUCGCAUUGUGGGGAAAAGGAAUGACACUGGAAUCUUUGUGUCUGAGAUAACAAGGGGAGGGGCUGCAGACUUGGAUGGAAGACUGUUGCUAGGUGACCAGAUUUUGUCUGUGAAUGGAGAGGACAUCCGAGCUGCGUCACAGGACUAUGCAAGCGCACUACUGCAGAGCUGUAGUGGGCCUGUGCUGUUGGAGGUGGCACGUUUUAAAGCUUCAUCACACUACUCAUAUGGAGAUCAGGUGGACAAGUUGGAUGUCCCUCUCCUCUCCUCUCUCAGCACAGAUGAUUCUGUGGAUGGAAACGUGGACAUCAGAACUGUCACGGUUCAGAAGCAUGAAUUUGAGUCUGUGGAGUUGAGAUCGAGAGGCACACAGGGAGAUUCAGUGAUUUAUAUCUCCAACCUGGACCCGACCACACCUGCAGCACAUGCAGGACUUCUGCAGCUGGGUGCUAGGGUCAUCAGCAUUAACGGUACAUCAACUGAACGCCUCUCAGUUACUGAGGCAAGUACUCUCCUGAGAAACAGCAGUGGAGCCAUCACACUGCAGCUGAUGCCAAGUGGAUGUGCAGAUGGAGCUAGUAAAGAUCGGUCAUCUUUAAUUCACUCCUCACCUGGACUCUCAGAGAAUUACAAUACCCACAACCACCAGAGUUCUCCCCAGUUCCAGACUAUCACUCUUGAACGUGGCUCUACUGGGCUUGGCUUCAGUAUUGUAGGAGGAUUUGGCAGUUCCCAUGGCGACUUGCCCAUCUAUGUCAAGAACAUAUUUCCCAAGGGAGCUGCGGUGGAGGACGGGCAUCUGCGUCGCGGUGAUCAGCUACUGACAGUAAAUGGACAGAGUCUGGAGGGUGUCACUCAUUCUGAAGCUGUCGAGCUCCUUAGACAAACCAGCGGGACAGUUACACUACAAGUACUCUCAAAACAACAACCAACAUGCUGAUAAUGUCACUGUCCUGUCGCGAUGUUUUGCAUAGACCUCAAGGAGCUAAUGUAUUACUGAUUGUUAGACUGGAGAUUCUACAAGCUGCAUUUCUCCAAAAAAAAAAAUUAAACAAAAUGUAGUCUUUUCUAAUUGCAAAAAUAUCUCAGACAACGUGUGUAAAGUGGGAGAAGCCAAUAGAGACUAGUGCUAAACCAGUGGUUCUCAACCAGGGGGUCUACAGGAUGAUUUUUAUUAAAUUAUUUAAAUAUGAAUGAUUAAUAUUAAUAUAUUAAAUCUGACUAAUCUAUUAAAA